AUGGGUUACUUCACCAAUCACCAAUCUAGCAAUCACCAAGCCCAGUCCAAAGAUCAGCCCUAUGCCACCAGAACCAUGAGCGAGACAAAGAGUACAAAGGUUGCCGCAAUAAAGCCUUCGGUGACGAAGAAACGUUCCGUCGAUGAGUAUGAGUCCAUGACGCAACGGGAACUGAUCGCAACGCUGCAAGAUCGCGAUGCAAAUAUCAUCAAGCUGGAGAGCGAAUGCAAGCGUCUCAAGAAGAGCACUUCCUCAGAAGGGCCCGUUGUUGCUGUCUCGCCUGAAAAAAUCCAGGCACAGGCCCAAAAAGUACGCAGCAUGGCCUACAAGGGUAUCAAGAGUCAAAUGAAGUGGAAACCAUCUUGUAAGCACGGAACUGCGCGCUUCUCCUAUGAAGGAAUGUGCGACGAGGCCGCCUUCCGCGCCUUUAUGGGGCUGACAGAAAAGGAAAAGACAAAGGGAAAGCGAAUGGAAUCUGGAGCAUUUGAAAACAAAAUCCUUGGGCAGAGCCUCGAGGCCAGCAUCCGCUAUGGAUAUCUCUAUUUGAAGGGAAAUGUUAACAUUUCGUUUUCCAAGGAUGAGUGCACUGUGAAGAUCACUGGUGGAUACGGCAUUUAA